AUGCUAAAAAAUAACUUUGGGACAGCUUUAAAGGCGUGCAAAUUGGGCUCUGUUCAGUUUAGCCCGCGUGCUUUUUCGAUCGUUUUAAAACGACCAUUUGCGGACGAUUCUGUGCCAAAAACACCACUUCAUCAAGCCAGUGACACUCAGGAAACAGAAACUCAAACAAACACUUCUACUUCUACCACCGAGCCUUGGUAUUUGAAUAUCGUAAAGGAUCAACUUCAAGAGUCCCAUUUUCCAGUACAAAAACUUGAAAUACCACAGGAUGCACCUGAUUCUUUGCAAACGCUGACUACGUAUCUCAGAGACAAUUUGGGACUCACGGAUAUCUUGGUUUUCGAUAUGAGACGUUCAAACGACUCUUAUGCCACAGCAGUUGCAAAAAUUAGCGACUUCAUGGUCAUGGCCACGGCCAGGUCGGGCAAACAUUGCCACAAGUGUUUCGUGGAGAUCAAUACUCUGCUUAAACAAAAGUUCCAGGUGCAAGCACAUGUCGAGGGCAACAUAAGUGCCAAUGAGCUGCGAAGACGCCAGCGUAGACUGGCUAGACAUACCAAUCUCAGCAAAUCACAGGGUUCCCGUACUGCCGUCACUAGAAGCGGAGUGCAAUCGGAUUCUUGGUACAUGAUGGAUUGUCAUCUUGAUAACAUCUUUAUCAAUAUCUUGACGGAAACUAGGCGUAAAGAGCUAAACUUGGAAGAACUCUAUGCACCUCCAGAGGACAAACAUCUUUACAAACGCCAGGAACACAUUUCUGACUCUUCAGUGCUCGAGGACGACGACAAUGUGUUAGCAGGGUUGAAAAGAUUGGCAACUCGUAACCAGAAAAGGUUCUAUUCUACUGUGUCAGACAAACACUCGCUGCUCAGUAAACUGACGCAUCAAGAUUUCGACGCCGCGUACCGGUCGGCGCCUUCGGGUCAAAGCCCGUUGCUGACCCUCCAAACUGCCACAAAGGCUCUAGAAUUAAUGCCCUCAAACUCGCCAGUUCAGGUUCAAGAGUGGUUGCGUUUCUUCGAUCACUUCUGGUGCUCGAAACUUGCUCAGGAUGCAGAGUAUUGGUCUCUAAGACUACAUUUUCUAAAGCUGCUUAAUUGCUGCGAAGGGGAUCGCCUUACUACAGCAGAAUUUUUCACCAACUUCUUGAAGUUCAAGCUGGCUAGCGGAAACUUGAUCACUAAAUCUGAUUUACUGGAGUUUUUGAACUUAGCGUGCGCCAAUAUAUGGGAAGGGCCAGGUGGAUAUGACAAACUGGCGCAAGCCAAUACAAUAAUAGUGCAAGCAUUGCAACUCUACAAGGGCAUAAAUCCCGAUAUAGUUUUGGACACCGACGUGUUAUGCUUGGUGUUGAAAUCGAUGAGCAGUCCGCAUGCAUCACUGGAAUCGCUUAAUGGGAUUAUCGAGUUUAUUUGCACCGAAUUCCCCUCUCAAAUUCCGAUACCCGUCAUAGACACAGUGUUGCAGUCUUUGGCUCAGCGACGAGAAUAUAUGAAAGCGCUAAAAUUCUGGGAAAAGGGAAUCAAACUGCCAAAUGCCAACGAUUACAGACCAUGGUCACUUUUCGUAAAUACCAUUGCCAACUGUAGCGAUACCAAGUUUAUCAGGAAUGUCAUGAACAAUGGUAAUCUGCUCUGGAUAAAGCGCAACAACAUUAAAAUGGAUUCCGAACUCCGCAAAGCGCUCGAAAAUCUAUUCAUUGCAGCAGACCCGAACAACAUUGCAUACAGGGAUUUGAAAGAUAUUUUAUUACAGGAAUGA